AGAACGUAUAUUAGUAUAGUUCAGUGGUAAACGACCGGAGCUCGAAUUUGACCUCGAUAGUUUUACACCAAGGCUCGCAUGUAAUGGCCGACUUCGCGAUUCACUUAUCACUUCCCUAACUUCAUGAUUGUUGUGUGCGGCAUUUGUUUGCGCUGAAGUUCGUCUCUAAUGAGUUUUGUUAUUGCAGAUAUCGCGAGAAUUGUGGUGAUAUUUAUUUUUGUAUAACGCAAUUGAUUAGGGACAGUUUACGCUUCGCACAGGAAAAUCAAAUCCGCGAAAGGAAAAACAUGACAUUGUUUGGCAUCCGGACAUGUUUACGCGAUUUUACUGAUUUUUCUAAUUCAUCGUCAGGUUAGGAUCUCGACAUCAAGAAGCCGGCUCCACUUUUUAGUUAAGGCUAGGGUAGAAAAACGUACAAAAACCAAGUUAGGUUAAUAUUGUAGUAUAGGUUCAGGUUAGGGUCAACGAAGACCCUCUACAAGGUUAACGUUAAAACGAAAAAGAUAUGGGCUCGCUGAACCUUGUUUGCCCGAUGUGCUGUGGUGAAACAUUCAACAAUCCACAGUCGUUGAAGUAUCAUUUAUUAAGCAUGACAGACAACCUGUAUUGUCCUGGUUGUUCCCAGCGUUCUGACUCUGUAAUGGCACUCAUUCACCAUUUGGAUCGGUGUGGACAAGACGUAGAUUCAGAGGAGCCACCUGAAUCUGAGCAUAAGUCUAGGCUUGAGGUUCAACACGAACCAGAGCCAGACACGGAGGUGUUAAUGGGCACAAAUGUCGAAGGGAUAGACCAAAGUUUCUUAGCCACUGUUAACGACAGUGGUAUUAUGAUAGUUGGAGGACCUCAAACAAUACAAGUCGAUGAAAACGGAGAGAUUAAAGUCGUAGAAAAAAUGGAAACCGAGGAGAUAGAGCAAUCGCAAAUAGAGAAAAAUCCUCUAGAGUUCGAAAUGCGAGAAAAAGUUCCUAGUACCGCUAGCAAAUCGGAAGAAAAGGCUUUAACUCAAAAUCAGCUGGUAACUAUUACUGCUUCGGAGUCAGAUGAUAAAAGCAGAAAUAAAAAUGUAAUUACUAUUUUACCCGAUGGAUCGGAACUUCUCGAUGGAAACACCGGUGCUCUGAUAAAUAUGGAUCAUAUAAACGACGUGGGCGAAUUAGAUGAAAAUGGAUUGUUGCACGUAAAACAAGAACUCUGCGAGAUAGAGCCAGAAGCUGUUUAUAGCUGUACCAGUUGCGAUAUGAGUUUCAAUUCUGUUGUGGAACAUAUAAAACAGUAUCACGAUGGACAAGAAGUGCUACUCGAAAUAGCUGACCAAUUAGACGACUUACCUACGGUAUCUACGACUAAUACCUUAUCAACGGAAUCUGGAAGUAUAAGUAGUACGCGUCAUAGAAAAGGCAUGAAUACUCUUCGUACGGAAGAGUGCAUAGAUAGCGAAGGAAGAUUGUACACGCGAAAAGUGGUGCAAAUAGAAAGGUUUUGGGACAGGAACGCUGCUCAAACGUCGUUGCAGUCUACUAAAGCACCGAUGAUCGAGAAAUUCUUUUCUAAUGUGGAAGGAGUGAAAGUACGCGAAAAAAGAUUGGCAGAGACGCCAUUGAGAAUGUACAGAUGCAAUCAGUGCCUUCAGCAGUUUUCAAAAUUAGGGAAUUUUCGGGUACACGCGUGUCUUCAUGGCCAUAAUCGUUGCGAUAGUUGCGACCAAACGUUCGCAACGCCAAAAGCAUUGCAAUUGCAUGCAAAAGUACACGAAGGUGAACCGGAUCCGAAUCAGAAAACUUUCGUAUGCGAAACUUGCGGUACGGAAUUUUGUUCGCACAAAAGCUUGCGUUUGCAUUCUCGAAUGCACGCGCCUGUCAGAGCAAGACACGUUGAUGCACCUGAGGGAACGCCCAGUGCUACGUUCACUUGUCCCGAGUGUGGCAAAACGUUAGCAGAAUCGUACAAGGAAGCACACAUGGCGUUGCACUCUGGCGACUCGGUAACGUGCACAGUUUGCAAUCGUAAAUUUGAUUCUGCCGAUAGUUUAGCGAUGCAUGCCGCGGUCCACACAGAAAUUAGUCAGUCUCACUCGCCGACACCACCCGCCACGGAGACCGCAAACGCUGAGCUCACGGAGAAUCAAAAGCCUUAUCAGUGUCAACAUUGCGGUCGUAGAUUCACGAGACCCCAUGAGAAAGUCAAGCAUGAACGCAUUCAUACUGGAGAAAAGCCACACGCGUGCGAAGUAUGUGGUAAAACGUUUCGCGUCUCCUAUUGUUUGACCUUGCACAUGAGAACUCAUACCGGCGUGAGGCCUUACGGAUGUCAACAUUGUGGCAAGAGAUUCAAGGCUUCUUCCGUGUACAAUCACCAUUUACUCACGCACGGAGAAGAACGCGCGUACACGUGUCCUUAUUGUCCGAAAACUUUCAAAACGCGCGUCCAAUUAGCAGGUCACAAAAACAGCCAUACCAAGCCGUUUCGAUGCACCGAGUGUUCCAGGCCGUUUGCCUCUCUGUACGCUGCGCGUGCUCACAUACAGACUCACAAGAAAGACAACAAUUUGAAGUUCAGUUGUUAUAUUUGUGGUGCGUCAUACGGUAGAGCGUUCGCCUUGAAGGACCAUUUGAAGCAGCAUGGACAAGACGUGUUAGCUCCACCAGAGCCAGCUAGAGAAGAAGAAGUACACGAAGGUGAAGACUUUUUGCUGGCGGAAGAGGAAGUCGAGGAGGACGAGUUAGUUAUCCCGUCGCCGUUACCUGUCGCGCAGUCAUCCGAAGCCGAAGACACGGAAUAAGACUAUGAAAUCUAGUCAAAUGUUUGUUAUAAAUUGUAGUUAAAUAUUGUUCAAUAUAUCGAUAAAGAUGAUGACGAAUGAUUCCCCAUUUAACGUAGUGUCCAAGGACUAUCAGUAAAGUUUCUAUACACGCAUUCGAUUAUUAUAAAACUUUA